AUGGCGAUGAAAUCCACGAGCGAAGAUCUGAAGCGAGAGAACGAGGAACAGCGCGUGGAGAUUCGUCGGCUUGAGGCGGAGCGAUCGGCGACGUUGGCACAGCACGCCGCACUCAAGGCAGCAAUCGAGAGCGGCAAGCGACAGCGGCGUGCGCUCAUGGAGAAGCAACAACAACUUGUAGACGUCGUGGAUGAAGUUCAUAAGAAUCAAACACGUGCCGCUGAGCUUCUCGAAGAGUCGAAAGGAAACUACGACGUGUCGAGCAAGCUUGUUGAGGAUCGGUUGAAGGACGACACGGAGGUUUUGGAAAAGCUCAAGACGAUGACGGAAAACUUAACGACGAAAGCCGAGGAACUCGAUCGCGAGAAGUCACACUCUCGCAAGUUGAGCGCGGAUCUUGGUAAUUUGCACACCCAAUUUGAUAGCGCUAUGGAUGAGCUUGCCGAGACGAAGAAGGAGUUGAAGGAAACGGAAAAGCGGUCUACAGAGUUGAAGCUCGAGCUUGAGAAAAGUUUGGAUUUGUUGAACACAAAAGGCGAACAAAUGAAGACACUCGAGCGGGCACAGGUGGAAGUUGAGAAUAACAUGAAAAUACUUCACGAAGAUAACAUGCGCGUCGUGAAGAAUCAACUCAAAGACGCGCAGGAAAGGAGUGCGGCUGCACAGGAGCAGAUAGUUGCGUGGGAGGCGAAGAGUGUCGAACUUGAACGUAAAUUGGCGAACACUAAACGUGAAUUGGGAAUGAAAUCUCGAGAUCAUGAUACGCUAAAGUUGACCGUCCCAACGAUGGCGAGCGAAAUCGACAGUCUCAGGGCCAAAAAUAGAUCUUACGAGUUACGAGUCGGUGACACCAAUACGGAAAUGGAGAAGCUUGAAGCUGAAAUCCACGCGAAGAAUGCGGAACUGAAGAGUGCACUCACGGAGAAAAGAGGAUCUGAAAGCGAGUUACAAGCAAUGCAUGUCAAGCAUGACGCGUUGUCCAAUCAACACGAAGCUCUGAAAGGCACGAUUGAGAAGCAACGCAACGAGCUCGAGACGCUGCAAACAAAAGUGAAGACGCUUGAGGUUGCUCUCGAGACCGCUGACAGGACGCAAGAGGCUGCCAUCAGCGCGAAAAUGACGAAAGAAAUCGAACAAAUUACCAAGAGAAACAAAGAGUGGAUGUACAAGAAGGAAAGUGAACACGCACAAGCGCUCGCAGAAAAGGAAGCCGAGAUUGACUCGCUGAGAGCAUCUCUCGAUGAACUUCGCACUCGCGUUGUUGAGUCAUCAUCACGCCAUAAACCCGAGCGAGUGCGCCCUGUUGAUGAGAUUCCGGCAUCAAACGGUAGGGGUGCACGCGAAGAGGCGGCGAUUCCAACUCCCUUGCUCGUCGGCGAUCGGCGUCGCGCAAGGUCUCGACCGCGUUCCGCCAAACGUGAGCGUGAGUCGCCUCCCGAAGAGCGUCGUGAUCCUGUGCUCACCAAGCGGGACGUUGUAAAGCCUACCAGAACGACCGACAAUGCGAGAGAAACUACGCCUCGGCGAGCUUCCGGGUCGAAAAAAGUCAAGAAAACUAAGAAGGACCUCAAGAGCGAAGUGCGCGCUGUCGCACUUCGAGCGGCUGAAUGGGAGGAAGACGCAGACGACGAUUGGGAUCCGUUCGCCUUCGUCGAAUGA